AUGGAUGAGAUAUAUCAUAAGCUCGCCGAGUUCAACAAGCGGCGCGUUACCCAUUCCCCAGAUGUCCUCUCGUUCAAUUACAGUGAGCUCUGGUGCAGGGAUGAUACCGGAAUUGUUGACUACCAUGAAGGCGUCACGACUAUACCCGACGUCGCGUCGUGGCUGGCUACAGAAACGAGAACAGCAGCGACAGGGCCCGAGUCACUGAUUUUGCGUCUUGUAUGGCCUAAAUUUUUUCUGGAUGACAACCGCGUUGAGCUUCCCGAGGACGCCAAGGACCAAAUACUGGAAAAGUUUGGCCUUGGCCUUGCUUACAGUUACUUCCCAAGCUACGUCGCUGGCGUAAAUGCCUUUCCCAAGGUUGUCAAGCCUGAAGCAGAUCAACAGGCCUACGCUUUCUGCUAUGCGCCCAAGCUUGCGUCCAUAUGGUCACAUACUCGCUUCAGGCCACCUGCUUCACGCCCAGGCGUCGUCUAUGGUAUGAUCCUAGCUGGAGAUAAGGAGCAGCAAUACUUGAACAAGCUUCUCAAGAGCAAAAGCAAAUGGAACAUUGGCACCGCAAGUCAUGCCAUGUUCCCUGCAUUUCUUUUUACCUUCAUGUUCCAUGUGGAGAUCGAGGUAACGCAGCAUGAGAUGAAGCCAGGCAUUCAGCAGAUAGAAGCACGAACAGGGUAUUCAGACUUCAAGACAGCACGAAAGAAGCCCGCAGCCGGCGAGCUAGGUUCACUCAGUGCGCAGAUGAGUGGCUUCGCGGUCCGUCUGGCGAGUACGGAGAGAAAAGACAAGACGCUGCGAAAGCUGAUGGAGUUUGUCCAACGCAAACUGGAUGCUCCCCAAAGUGCAACACCCGAGGCAGAUGCGCUCAUGAGAAACCACGUAGGGGUUCUGCAAGAGCGGCUAACUAUGCAGGCCAUGGAUAGGGAGUACACUUUGAAGAGGGUGCAGAUCCAAAUUGAUGUGCUGAAUAACCUCAUUUCAGAGAACUACAGUCUUUCAAACUACAUCAUCUCCAAAUCUACUCUUCGCGACGCUGCUUCCAUGAAGACGCUAGCCUUUGUUACCAUGUUCUUUUUGCCUGGAAGCUUUAUAUCCGCACUUUUCUCAACUGAUCUAUUCAACUGGGAUAAGGCAGACGGAGGAGGAAUCGGCAUUGAACCCACGCCGCAGUUUCGACUGUAUUGGGCCAUCACGAUCCCGUUAACUCUCAUCACAUUCAUUCUCUACUUCAUAUGGGCUGAGUUCUCCAGCUUUGAUCGUAGCCAGCAAAGAGAGCAGAGGAGAUGGGGCUUUCCCAGGAGUGACAGCAUGAAAUCUGAAGAGCAAACCCGGUCCGCAAUGCAGUUAUUGAAGGAUCAGCGAGAGCGCGUUAGUGAAGCGUAUGCAAUGGCCAAAAAAAGACAGACAGUUUUUGGCCAUAACGAGGAAGAGUCGAUACCCAUUUCUGCGAUGAACAAGUGA